GUAGGAUUGGCUGCUCAGGUGCGCCGUGUCCUGGCGUGGCGGAAAGGGCGCGAAAUGCGAUGCGGACGGGCGGCUCCUGAGGGCGGAGUAUUUUUGGAUAUGAAGGAUGGCCUUCUCAGUGAUUGCUAUUGGAGAUGUACAAAAUGUGCUUUCAGCUAUGCAGAAGAACUUGGAGUGCCCAAUAUGCUUGGAUGUGGUAGAAGAGCCGGUUUCAACAAAAUGUGAUCACAUAUUCUGCAGGUUCUGCAUGUUCAAACUUCUCAGCAAAAAGAAAAAAGGGCUGAUACAGUGUCCUCUGUGUAAGACUGAAGUUACCAAGAGAAGUCUGAAAGAAAAUUCCAGAUUUAAGCAACUAAUUGAGGGAUUGUUGGAAACUAUCCAUGCAUUUGAGCUUGACACUGGAGUAAAGUUUUUAAACAGUCAUCACUUUCCUAAAACAUCCACAGAAGCCAAUGCUGCUGAGUUCCUGUGUAAAGAAAGUUCUGUCAUCCAAAGUAAGGGCUUCAGAAACAGGAAAAAAAGUGCUAAAGAAAAUGGACAAGAAAACUGCACCUUGCAGGAAGCUAAUGUGAAUACACAGCUUGCAGAUACCAGGGUCAAAAGGCGUCCCCUAAGAAACAAAACCCAGAAAUGUGACUCUGAAAAAGGGAUUUAUAUAGAGUUUGGCUCUGAUUCAUCUGAAGAGCUUUUUAAACAGGCAAGCAAUACAGGGUUAGAAGACAAAGAAGCACUUCAGAUUUCAUCUCAAGAAAAGCCAGAAGAACUUAAGAGUGCUGAGAAGGGGAACGAAUAUUCUUGCAAUACACAGCUUGACAAGCUGGCUGCUAAAGAAAUAAUUCUACCAAAUGUCAUAGGUGAAAGCGAUUUCUCGAAAGAAGGCUUGAGCAAGAAAAGCACUCGGAGCAUCACUGAAUAUGCCAAACCUGGCCAAGUGAAUACGACUGAAUACCAGAGUUCUCCUUUAAGUGUUCUUGCUGUAGACCUACUCACAGAGCAGUCUGACAGAAUAGGUAAUGCCAGUCCCUUAAGGAAUGGGGACACAUCUUUCUUUAAGAACACAGAAGAAAUGGAUGCAGAGCAAACUCAGUGCAAUAGUAAAAGCAAAGAGUUUGACUUAAAAGAUAGCUCAGAGAGCAGGUUGGAUAAAAGCAAGGGAAUAGGUAUUGUUGUACAAAGUGUGGAAGCUGUGGAAAUGUAUGAACCUGAGAAUGAUUCUUUCCAUGAACAAGAACUUCCUCUGGAGAAACUGCUUCAGCCAGGGACGCUUCACUGUUCUACCCUGAAUCAAGUCUCUAGGAAGAGACUGAGGCGAAGCAUUCAGAAAGUCAAUGAAUGGUUUUCAAAAAGCAACGACAUUCUGUCUUCCAAUUCUUCGCAGGAUGAUUCUGCUGGAGCAACUGAUAUUUCAGGUGAAGGAGACAAAUAUUUAUCAGAUAAAGAUUCCUGUAUUUCAGAAAAGACUGACCCUAUGGUAGAUUCCAUGGAAAUUGCAGUGGUUGAAGGAAACCAGAGAUGGUCAAAACAAACAGCAGAUAGCAUCAAAGACAAAAUAUUUGGGAAAACAUACAAGAGAGACAGGAAGUCAAAUCCCCCUGUUAGCUUGAGAGACAUUUUACCUACUACAAAAAAGGAAGAUACAGCUGCUGAUAAGUGCUUGAAUAACUCCAGCAAAGAUGGACUGAAACGAAAAAGGAAGACUGUCCAUGUCCUGCAACCUGAGGAUUUCAUCAAGAAAAAAGAUAUAGAAGAGGCAAAUGGGUGCCCUCAAAGUGUUAACUGGUGCCUUGAAGACACUGAAAAGAAAAGAUGUGAUGAAAGUUCUGCUGUUAAUGAGAAUCGCCUCUCUGAGAAUAGAGAGGAUAAUACACUCACAGAACUUGAGGAAGGAGGAGGAUCUACAUGGAAAAAAGCUAUUGAAAAGGUGACUGGCAAGCACAGUGAUGAGGAGCUAGAACGGAAUAAUUGUGAUCAGAAAAGCACUAAAAAAAGAAGUUCUGCAGCAAAAAGGUGCAGGCGUUCUACUAGAACCAUGUGUACUCUACAGUUAGUGGAUAGAAACUCUGUUUCCCCUGAUCCAGCUGAGCCACAGAUUGAUAGCUAUCCAAGCAGCGAAGAGCCAAGGAGAGUUGAUUCUCAGCAAAGACAAGUCAGGCGCAGCAGGAGGCUUCAAUUACUUUCUGAAGAAAUGACAAAAGAAACAGGAAAAGGAGUAGUAAUUAAGGGAGCAAGAAAGUAUGACAGUGACCAUGAAGGGUCUUUCUUUGGAGUCCAAAGGAAUGUGUUGGUUCACACUUCGGAAUGCCAAGACUUGUGUGAGCCCCAGGAUACAUUGAGUUACAAGCCACUCGCUAAUCUGAAGGGUGGUGAUCUGGAAGCAAAGGAAAUACAGAUUAGUCUAAAGAAUUCAUCUGACACUGCAGAAACUGGAAAAAGUCUCUUCAAUCCUACAUCUUCAUGUCAGCAUUCAAACUGUAGUUCCUUUGCACCUGAUGCAGUUUCUCAAGAAGGUGAAAUACUAGGUAGCCCUUUCCUCCUGCAGUCUCCUUCAAUGGCUGUUGUGCAAACUGCUUCCCACCUGGCUGAAGAGAUGACUGAAUCAUGUACUACAUUUCCAUGGGAUAGUGCACAUGAUAAACAAAAUGUUCCAGGGAACUUUAGAACUGAAAAAUUGCCAAUGGCUAAAAAUGUUUCAGAAUUGACCAAGGAAGCUGAAGAUAGCGAGUUAGAUACACAGUAUCUGCGAAAUAUAUUUAGGCAUUCAAAACGCGUAUCAUUUAGCCUUUAUCCUACUUCGAUGAAGGUGUGUGCAGUAGAAGAUGCUGCUUCUGAAACUUUAAAGAGAUCAUGUGCUGAUCAGGUAGAAAAUAAGCAUAGAAAAUAUUUAAAAACAGAAAACUUGCAAGAAGAGAAAACUGCUGAAAGCUUGAGUAGGGUUUGUGAGAAAGAGAAGCUUAAGACCUAUGAAUCUGCUUGUGUUAGUCCUGUGACUUGCUUUGUCAGCAACACGGAAUGUAUGCAGACAGGGGAACAUAAAGAUGAUGUUUCACAGGUUGCAAAUCAAGGGAAUCUGACACCACUAAGAAUGGAUACUGCUAGGACCGAAGACAAAAACAGAUCGCAAAAAGGAGAGCAGGGAAAUGGAAAGGCACUGUCAACUGACACAGGGAUAGAAGAUGAGUUGAGACAGAAUCCAAUCAAAAGUAAUAGAAGCCAAAGUGAUCAGGAUAAUACAGAAGAGCACAUUUUCAGAAGAAUGAAUUUAAACACAGUUGAUGAAAUAUGCUUCAGUUCAGAAAGCAAUCAAGCAGGAAAGGCCAAAGGUGUUGAUGGAAAAGGACCAGUACUACAUCUUCAGUCCAGGUCAAUGAUUUGUCCUGCAACUUGUCAGCAAAGGCCUGCUGAAUUCAGCUGUGAAGUCAUUGGGAAAAAAGGUAGCAAAAGAGAAAGAAAACAAGUAAAGGGGAAUGAAGAACAAACAACCCAAACCACUAGCACAGUGAUGCCUGAGUGUUUAGUUACAGAGUCUCUAGAAGAACCUCUUAAAGGGAAUAGUGAUUUUGCAGGUUUGUCUGAAACCCCUGAUGGCUUACUGUGCUUUGAUGAUGAUAUUGAAGAGAACAGCAGCUUUUCUGAAACUGAUAGGAGAGAGAGAUCUGCUGUGUUUGUAAAAAGAAGUGACAAUGUGCUGGUAAAAGAACUACACAAUAGAAAUGUUAGUUCUAAGCCAAGAUCUCAAUGUAUUCAAAGACCUCGAAGAAGAGCGCAGAAACUGCAAUCUUCAGAUGAAGAAUCUAGUGAGGAUGAAGAUUUCCCGUGUUUUCAGACAUUAAUAUUUGGCAAAUCAGUAAGCACACCUUUGCAGAUCAGUAAGCAAGUGACAUCUGUGGUAGAGUCUUCAGUAAGUCCCAUCACAUUGCCUCUCAGUGGAAGUCAUGAUGACAAUAAUAUGCAGAAAAUGCCUGAAGCCGCCCUAAGUAAUAGGUGUGUUUCACCAAGCCAGGAGUCGGAAUGCUCAGUCAACUUAUUUUCUUCCCAGUCCAACGUGUCUGAAGAAUCAGUUGAUGGAGCACAAGAGCUGAAGAAACCUUCAAUACAAGUUCAUACAUCCAAACAAGUGAGCAAUGUGAAUGAGAGUAAAGAAGCUUUUCAGAGUUGUAAUGGAGGGCUGAAGAUAAACAAAACUAACUUUAAAGAUGAAUGCCAAGAAGACCCAAACAUGGGAGCAAACCUAGGUGAAGCAUCUGGAUAUGACAGUGAAACAAGUAAUGUAGAAGAUUCAUGUGGACCAUUCUCUCAGGGUGAAAUCCUUACUACACAGCAGAAGAAUGCUAUGCAAAAUAACCUUAAAAAACUUCAGCAAGAAAUGGCUGUACUUGAAGCAGUGCUAAAGCAGCAUGGAAGUCAGGACUGUAUGUUUUUACCUAUCCAUAGGGAACUGCCACGUUCCAGUAAUGAAGGAACACUUGAAAUGGAACAAAUGAGACAAGAAAGAGGUAAAUAGUGUCCAGAAUUGUUGCUUCCAUCUUCUAAAUCCUGUUUGUUAAAGAGACCAGAUUUGGAGAAAGCCCUUCAGUGUGACAGUAUUCUGAAGAACAAAGCUCCUUCUGAAAAGACAAAACCUGUGCAGGAAGCAGUACAAAAAUAUAGUCAGUGUCAGCUUGAAGCAGAAAACACAGAUGAACAGAAAUCUGGGACCAGGCUAAACAGUGUAUCUGUCUUACCAAAUCUCUCUGGAAAUGUGACCAGGAGUCCAAAUAAUGCUUCCUCCUCAAUAAGGCUUCUUAACCCUCAAACUGCAGAAGUCACAAAUAGUUCUGUUGUAGUUCAGAACGCUAAUAAAAGCUGUGCUCAAGAAUGUAAAUCGAAGAGGAGUGUGUGUUUUCCUACAUCUGUUCUGCACAAUGCAGCUGGGAAAGAAAAUGCUACAAGUCCAGUUGUGACUAACAGGAAAGAAAUGUCUGUUGUGGCUUCAGGUCUAAAUCAAAGUGAACAUUUGAUGGUCCAGAAGUUUGUGAGAAAAACUCGGAGCACUUUAUCUAAUCACAUUACUGAAGGAACAACCCAUGUCAUAAUGAAAACAGAUAAGGAGCUGGUGUGUGAACGGACACUGAAGUACUUUCUGGGUAUUGCAGGAAGCAAAUGGGUAGUUAGUUAUCAGUGGGUAAUUCAGUCCUUUAAAGAAGGAAGGAUACUGGAUGAGGAGAACUUUGAAGUUAGAGGAGAUGUAAUCAAUGGGAGAAACCACCAAGGUCCUAAGAGGGCUAGACAGUCUCUGACUGAAAAGAUCUUUAAAGGUUUUGAGAUCUGUUGCUAUGGACCUUUCACUGAUAUGACUACAGAACAUCUAGAAUGGAUGGUGGAGCUUUGUGGUGCCUCUGUCGUGAAGCAACUUCAUCUGUUCACACACGCAACAAAUUCUACUGCUGUUGUGGUUGUGCAGCCAGAUGCUUGGAUGGAAAACACUGAUUAUAGAGCAAUCCAGCAACAGAGCAAUGUUACCAUGGUGACUCGAGAGUGGGUAUUAGACAGUGUUGCUUGCUAUGAGUGCCAGGAGUUUGAUGCUUACCUUGUGUCCUAA